AUGUUUCUCAGUAGCCACCCGCUGGCUACCGGCAUCUUCUUGAUCGCCUCAACUGUCGCACAAACCAUAUCGCCUUCCAACUCAUCACAAGAUCUCUACCCGGCGUCCACGUCCCCCCGUUUCCUCCUCAAUGGCACCGAGUUCACAGACAUGCCGGCCAUCCGGCUGGCGCCUCUCGGCCAGUACGCAGAGAUGUCGCAUUCAGAUUUCACGCAGACCGACGUGACGGGGCGUCUUGUCCGUGUAGAUGCCAGCAAUGCCAACUCGAACUUCGAUGAGCCACCACGGAACUUCUUCUACUUGUCGUGCGAUCCAGACGACUACGAGGGAAACCUCAAUGCCAACAAUGUGUUCACCAUUGCAGCGUCAAACUCGGAUGCCUUCCUUAUCAUCCUCUUCUCCCGUAUCUCGAACCACUGCACUGCCACCGGCAUCCACUCCCUUCCCCAACUUGCCACACUCCUCACCACAACAGAGCCGAUGGUUGCAUCCAUGCUCAGUGCCUCUACUCCCACGUCCACAAACUCCUCUACGGCUACCGCCACUCUGCUCCCAGACCUGAAUGCCUAUACAAAUGCCACCUCCGACAACCAUAAUGGCGGCUGGGGGUCGCGUGGACCUAAUGGCUCCCCUACGACCGCCGUCGCAAUGAUCAUUCUGUACAGCAUUACAGGUGUUAUCACAGCACUGUUUGUAACAAUCAUUAUCACGGGUGCCAUUCGUGCGCACAGGCAUCCGGAGAGAUAUGGACCGCGGGUGGGAGCGGGUCUUGGCGGGCGAGGCAGACAGAGCCGCGCGCGCGGUGUGGCGAGGGCGAUGCUGGACACGCUCCCUAUUGUGAAGUUUGGGGACCGGGAUGGCGAUGGCGGUACCGCGGGGGCUGCCCAGAAAAGCGGUAGUGUAGCGGCCGGCAGCGAAGCGGACGCGACGAACGGUGACCGUGGGCGAGAUAUCGAGAUGACAGCCGAGAUGCCCAACAGCAAUGGCUCCAACGCCAGCGGUACUGAUACAUCUACUGGCGCUCUGACUCAAGCGACUGCGGUGGGUGCCGAAGCGGCAGCCACCGCUGGAAAGUCAUCCUCUCCUGCAACCGAGCCGUUCACCACAUCACCGCCAGACCAAGACGCCCCCAAGCCUACCGAUGGCCCCACACCAAUAGCAGGCGCCUCUGAAGAGAACGCCCCGUCCUGCUCAAUCUGCACCGAGGAUUUCGUUGUAGGCUCCGACGUGCGAGUGUUGCCCUGUAACCACCGAUUUCACCCGGAGUGCGUGGAUCCAUGGCUGCUCAACGUCUCCGGUACAUGCCCAUUGUGCCGCAUCGAUCUACGGCCCAAGGAGAACGGCGCCGGAGAGGGCGGGUUAGGAGGUACCGGAGAAGAGGGAGAUGCAACGGGGAACAGUGGUGACGGUGCUACGACUGCGAGUGGCACACUGCCUGCCGACGAUAGGCAUUUUCACUAUGGUGUGAGUACGACUGCUGGUUUUCGGCCUGGCGAGGACCACCUGAUGGCGUUCAGCCUGAGAAGUGGGCGGAGCAGGGGGGCGAGGCGCCACAGUGCCGUUGGUGUGGGCGCGGGUGUGGGCGCAGAGGGAGCCGGAGAAGGCGCUCUGGCUGGCUUGAGGAGAGCACUGGCUGGAUCGCGGGAAGAGAGGGUGAUGGCGUUGAGGAGAUUCAGGGAACAGCGUCGACAGGAGAGACAAGGCGAGGCCGGAACGUCCACGGGCGCAGCUGAGGAGGUGGAAGAGAGUCGGGGUCUGGCGAGGCGUUUGAGGGAAAGGUUGAGGGUUAGGACGGAGAGGAGGGCUGACGCGGCCCAGGCACGCCCGCAGGACGAUGGGUUGACGCUGGGACAAAUUCGAAGUCGGGAGCAUGUAUCAGGCAGGCCAGUCUGA